AUGCCAGUUGAUCCAGAAAAAUUAGCCAAAUUACAAAAAUCAUCAGCCAAGAAAGUUGGUGGAUCAAGAGUUAAAGCCAAAAAAGGUGUUAAAACCGAACAAGAUGAUACUAAAUUAAUUGAAACAUUAGGAAAAUUAAAAGCUACAAAAAUUGAAGGAGUUGAAGAAGCAAAUUUCUUUAGAGAAGAUGGAAAAGUUUUACAUUUCAAUAGAGUAGGUGUUCAAGGAGCUCCAGCAUCAAAUACAUUUGCAUUUACUGGUUAUCCACAAGAAAAAAAUAUUACUCAAUUAAUUCCUCAAAUUUUACCACAAUUAGGUGCUGAAAAUUUAGAAAUUUUAAGACAAUUAGCUGAACAAAUUCAAGCUGGUAAAACUCCAAAAGAUUUAGGUGCUGGUGCAGCAGCUGGUGGAGAAGCUGAAGGUAGUGAAGAUAUUCCAGAUUUAGUUGAUCAAAAAUUUGAUGACGUUGAAUAA